UAUUCGCCAGUGUACUUUUUUAAAAUUACGUUUUCAACCCUAUUUUCUGUCUUCUCUACUUUUAACGGCAAAACAAAACAUUUGAGUUCCUUAACUUUUUCCUGGGACAAGGAUCGGUGCAAACUCAAAGCUACAGGAUUCUUGGGAGGAAGAAGCAACCCCCUCCCUCCCUUGGCUACUUUAGGAGCUGAUAGGUCAUUUAUUAUUGGAACUGAAAUGGUAUAAACAAUUCUCUUUUUUCCCUUGUUAACAGCAACUUUCAUUGUUAGAGAGAGGAGAGAGAGAGAAGCCUCGUUGGUUGACGUCACUUGGUUCAUGAAGCCUUCGCCUAGAAGUGAAGCUGCUGAACAAACCUUGAGAAGAAUCAUCUCCUGCUUCAAUCUGCUGCUGGAUAGGAACUAAUCAGAGAGAGAGAGGCGGAAGACGGAGAAGGAGGGCGUCCAGGGCUUUCCCGAUCACAAAUCUCACCUCCACUCCAACUCUCUUUAUACUUUUCUUGCAAAAAUAAUAAUAGAAAUAAGGAGGUGGUGGGGUUUCCAAAAACAAAAAUCGUAACCUUCAACCAUCUGGGGAAGGCAAAAAUCCCACCCACCGCAACUCUCAGUUCGAAAGUAAAGAUUUCUCAACAGUUAUGUCACAAGAUUGACCACAUUGAUCGCAAUAUGGAGUCUGGAGAACGGUUACCAUCCUCAACAGCCUCCUCUGCUACACCGACUUCAUCUUCUAUACCUUCUGUGGCUUCAUCAGUUUCAAAAGGCGGCCUUUCCACUGGAGCUGCUUCACUUAGCUCUACAAUCAACCCAUGUGGACAUUUAUUCAGAGCAGCUGGGGAUCACCUGUUUAACCUGUCCACAGUGUCGAGUGCCUUCCCAGUGGUCAGCCACCCAGUCUUUGGUCUGCAUUCAGCCAGCUCAGGGCAUUCAGAAUUUGGUGGUUUGGGGACACUUGGUACACCCACAGCCUUAGCUGCACAUCCCCAACUAGCGUCUUUUCCAGGUGCAGAAUGGUGGCGAACAACAGAUGUUCAUACGCGUGCAGGGGCAGCCUUCUUUCCACCAUUACUGGGAAUUCCACCACUGUUUGCUCCUCCAGCCCAGAAUCAUGAUUCUUCUUCAUUCCAUACAAGGGCUUCGGGAAAAAGUAAUCGAAAUGGUCCUGAAAAAGGUGUAAAUGGGUCAAUAAAUGGAAACAAUGCAUCGUCUGUAUCUGGUAUCAACACAUCUGUACUAUCCACUACUGCUUCAAGUUCUGUGGGACAAACUAAAAGUAUAAGUUCAGGUGGAGGAAAUCGAAAAUGUAGUCAGGAACAAAACAAAACCCAGCCUUUGGAUGCUAGAGCUGACAAAAUCAAAGAUAAGAAACCAAGGAAGAAAGCUAUGGAAAGUUCUAGCAACAGUGAUAGUGAUUCAGGCACAUCAUCAGACACAUCAAGUGAGGGCAUUAGUAGUAGUGAUUCAGAUGAUCUAGAGGAAGAUGAAGAAGAAGAAGAUCAAAGUAUUGAAGAAAGUGAAGAUGAUGAUUCUGAUUCAGAGAGUGAAGCACAACAUAAAAGUAACAACCAGGUGCUAUUACAUGGUGUUUCAGACCCAAAAGCAGAAGGACAGAAAGCAACUGAAAAAGCCCAGGAAAAAAGAAUACACCAGCCAUUACCUCUUGUGUCUGAAUCCCAGACUCACUCAUCAUUCCAAUCCCAGCAGAAGCAGCCUCAGGUUUUGUCACAGCAGCUUCCAUUUAUUUUCCAAAGCUCUCAGGCAAAGGAGGAAUCUGUGAACAAACACACAAGUGUAAUACAGUCUACGGGAUUGGUGUCCAAUGUGAAACCUUUAUCUUUGGUAAAUCAAGCCAAAAAGGAAAUUUACAUGAAACUCAUAGUUCCUUCUCCUGAUGUACUUAAAGCAGGGAAUAAAAAUACCUCUGAAGAAUCUAGUCCUUUGACCAGUGAAUUGCGUUCCAAACGGGAACAAUAUAAACAGACAUUCCCAGCUCAGUUAAAGAAACAGGAGUCAUCUAAGAGCCUGAAGAAGGUUAUUGCAGCUUUGUCAAAUCCAAAAGCAACCUCUAGUUCACCAGCACAUCCAAAACAAACAUUAGAAAACAACCACCCUAAUCCUUUCUUGACAAAUGCACUUUUAGGUAAUCAUCAACCAAAUGGAGUUAUUCAAAGUGUCAUUCAAGAAGCUCCUCUGGCACUUACUACCAAAACUAAAAUGCAGAGUAAGAUUAAUGAAAACAUUGCUACUUCAAGUAGCGCCCCUUUUUCCUCACCUGUAAAUCUGAGUACAAGUGGGAGAAGAACCCCUGGCAAUCAGACAGCUGUCAUGCCCUCUGCCUCUCCCAUACUGCAUAGCCAAGGGAAGGAAAAAGCAGUUAGCAAUAAUGUGAACACAGUAAAAACACAGCAUCACUCUCAUCCUGCAAAAUCUUUAGUGGAACAGUUCAGAGGAACAGAUUCAGACAUUCCCAGUAGCAAAGAUUCUGAAGAUUCAAAUGAGGAUGAAGAGGAAGAUGAUGAGGAAGAAGAUGAGGAAGAUGAGGAAGAUGAUGAAUCUGAUGACAGCCAAUCAGAAUCAGAUAGUAAUUCAGAAUCAGAUACAGAAGGAUCAGAAGAGGAGGAGGAGGAGGAUAAAGACCAAGAUGAAUCAGAUAGUGAUACUGAAGGAGAGAAAACUUCAAUGAAACUGAAUAAAACAACUUCCUCUGUCAAAAGCCCUUCCAUCAGUCUCACAGCUCACGCAACACCUCGUAACCUCCACAUAGCAAAAGCCCCAGGCUCUGCUCCUGCUGCCUUAUGUUCUGAAUCCCAGUCACCUGCUUUCCUUGGCACACCUUCCACACUUACUUCAAGUCCACACUCUGGCACUUCCAAAAGAAGAAGAGUAACAGAUGAACGGGAGCUGCGUAUUCCUUUGGAAUAUGGCUGGCAGAGAGAGACAAGAAUAAGAAACUUUGGAGGGCGCCUUCAAGGAGAAGUAGCAUAUUAUGCUCCAUGUGGAAAGAAACUUAGGCAGUACCCUGAAGUAAUAAAGUAUCUCAGCAGAAAUGGAAUAAUGGAUAUCUCAAGGGACAAUUUCAGCUUCAGUGCAAAAAUAAGAGUGGGUGACUUCUAUGAAGCCAGAGAUGGACCGCAGGGAAUGCAGUGGUGUCUUUUGAAAGAAGAGGAUGUCAUUCCCCGUAUCAGGGCAAUGGAAUGUCGUAGAGGAAGACCACCAAAUCCAGAUAGACAGCGAGCAAGAGAGGAAUCCAGGAUGAGACGUCGGAAGGGUCGACCUCCAAAUGUUGGCAGUGCUGAAUUUCUAGAUAACACAGAUGCCAAGUUACUAAGAAAACUGCAAGCUCAAGAAAUAGCCAGGCAAGCAGCACAAAUAAAGCUUUUGAGAAAACUGCAAAAGCAGGAACAGGCUCGGGUUGCCAAAGAAGCUAAAAAACAACGAGCAAUAAUGGCUGCUGAGGAGAAGCGAAAGCAAAAAGAACAGAUAAAGAUUAUGAAACAACAGGAAAAAAUUAAGAGAAUACAACAAAUCAGAAUGGAAAAAGAGCUUCGAGCCCAGCAAAUUCUAGAGGCAAAAAAGAAAAAGAAGGAAGAAGCAGCAAAUGCCAAAUUAUUGGAGGCCGAGAAACGAAUAAAGGAAAAAGAAAUGAGAAGACAACAAGCUGUUCUUCUAAAGCAUCAGGAGUUGGAGAGGCAUAGACUAGAUAUGGUAUGGGAACGAGAGAGAAGGCGACAACAUAUGAUGCUUAUGAAAGCUAUGGAAGCGCGUAAAAAAGCAGAAGAAAAAGAACGGUUAAAGCAGGAAAAACGCGAUGAGAAAAGAUUAAAUAAAGAACGUAAACUAGAGCAACGAAGAUUAGAAUUAGAAAUGGCAAAGGAACUAAAGAAGCCUAAUGAAGACAUGUGCUUAGCAGACCAAAAGCCUUUGCCAGAGUUGCCUCGUAUUCCAGGACUCGUUCUCUCUGGAAGUACAUUUUCAGACUGUCUCAUGGUGGUGCAGUUCUUACAAAACUUUGGUAAAGUUUUGGGCUUCGAUGUGAAUAUUGAUGUUCCAAACCUGAGUGUUCUUCAAGAGGGAUUGCUAAAUAUAGGGGACAGCAUGGGUGAAGUACAAGACUUGCUUGUGAGGCUCCUCUCAGCUGCUGUAUGUGAUCCAGGUCUAAUUACAGGAUACAAGGCCAAAACAGCUCUUGGAGAACAUUUGCUGAAUGUUGGUGUGAAUCGAGACAAUGUUUCCGAGAUUUUGCAGAUUUUUAUGGAAGCACACUGUGGACAAACUGAGCUCACUGAAAGCCUGAAGACGAAAGCUUUUCAGGCUCACACUCCAGCACAGAAAGCCUCAGUUCUGGCUUUCCUGAUCAAUGAACUGGCCUGCAGCAAGAGUGUGGUGAGUGAAAUUGACAAGAACAUUGAUUACAUGUCAAAUUUGAGGAGAGAUAAAUGGGUGGUAGAAGGUAAACUCCGCAAGCUCAGAAUCAUUCAUGCUAAGAAAACAGGCAAAAGAGACACUUCAGGUUGCAUUGAUCUUGGAGAAGAACAGCAUCCAUUGGGCACACCCACUCCAGGACGCAAACGAAGAAGGAAGGGAGGAGAUAGUGAUUAUGAUGAUGAUGAUGAUGAUGAUAGUGAUGACCAAGCUGAUGAAGAUGAUGAGGAUGAAGAAGAUAAGGAAGACAAAAAAGGAAAGAAGACUGAGAUCUGUGAAGAUGAGGAUGAAGGUGACCAAGCAGCAAGUGUUGAAGAGCUAGAAAAACAGAUUGAAAAACUGAGUAAACAACAGAGUCAGUACAGAAGGAAGCUCUUUGACGCUUCUCACUCUUUACGUUCGAUGAUGUUUGGCCAGGAUCGUUACAGACGCCGGUACUGGAUUCUUCCCCAAUGUGGGGGGAUUUUUGUAGAAGGCAUGGAGAGUGGUGAAGGACUAGAAGAAAUUGCAAAAGAAAGAGAAAAACUAAAAAAGGCAGAAAGUAUCCAGAUCAAAGAAGAAAUAUUUGAAACUUCUGAGGACACUUUAAAUUGUUCAAAUCCGGUUCAUUGUGAGCAAAAGGAAGAUACUAAAGAAAAAGAUAACACAAAUCUGUUUCUUCAGAAACCUGGUUCAUUUUCAAAAUUAAGCAAGCUUUUAGAAGUAGCUAAGAUGCCUCCUGAGUCAGAUGUAAUAACCCCCAAGCCAAACAGUAGUGCAAAUGGGUGCACAUUGUCUUAUCAAAACAGUGGAAAACAUUCAUUGGGCAGCAUUCAAUCAACACCAACACAAAGCAGCGUGGAAAAGACAGACUCUAAUAAUCUGUUCAAUACCAGUUCAGGUGGUCCAGGGAAGUUCUAUAGUCCUCUCCCCAAUGACCAGUUGUUAAAAACACUGACUGAAAAGAAUAGACAGUGGUUUAGCCUUUUGCCAAGGACACCUUGUGAUGACACAUCACUUACCCAUGCAGGUCUGUCAACUGCUUCUUUAGUGACUCCUCAGUCUCAGCCACCAUCUAAGUCACCUUCGCCUGCCCCAGCUCCUCUUCUUGGAUCAUCUUCUGCUCAGAAUCCUGUUGGCCUAAAUCCAUUUGCUUUAUCACCUCUUCAGAUGAAAAGUGGAGUAUCUAUGAUGGGACUCCAGUUUUGUGGGUGGCCCACCAGUGUGCUUACUUCUAGUAAUCCAUUUACAUCACCUUUACCUAGUCUGGGAUCAGGGUUAGGAUUAUCAGAAGGAAAUAGUAAUUCAUUCUUGACUCCUAAUGUUGCUUCAAGUAAAAAUGAAUCUCCAGUACCACAGAAUGAAAGAGUCUCUUCAACUCAACCUGUUGCUGUUGAAGUAGCAAAACCAGUAGAUUUUCCUAAUCCAAAACCUAUUCCAGAAGAAAUGCAGUUUGGUUGGUGGAGAAUUAUUGACCCAGAGGACCUAAAAGCUUUGCUCAAAGUGCUGCAUCUCAGAGGAAUAAGAGAAAAGGCAUUACAAAAACAAAUUCAGAAACACUUGGAUUAUAUUACUCAAGCUUGCAUCAAGAAUAAGGAUGUUGCUAUUAUUGAAUUAAAUGAACAUGAAGAAAACCAGGUAACUCGAGAUAUUGUGGAGAACUGGUCAGUAGAAGAACAAGCAAUGGAAAUGGAUUUGAGUAUUCUUCAACAGGUAGAAGAUCUAGAAAGGAGAGUUGCAUCAGCAAGUUUGCAAGUGAAGGGUUGGAUGUGUCCAGAGCCUGCAUCAGAAAGGGAGGACUUGGUAUAUUUUGAACAUAAGUCAUUUUCUAAAUUGUGCAAGGAGCAUGAUGGAGAAUUUACUGGCGAAGAAGAAAGCAGUGCACAUGCACUGGAACGGAAGAGUGACAACCCCCUAGAUAUAGCUGUAACCAGGCUGGCUGAUUUGGAGCGGAACAUUGAAAGAAGGUAUCUGAAGAGCCCCUUAAGUACCACCAUUCAGAUCAAACUGGAUAAUGUGGGCACAGUUACUGUCCCUGCUCCUGCACCAUCCAUUAGUGGUGAUGGUGACGGAAUUGAAGAGGAUAUUGCUCCAGGGCUCAGGGUAUGGAGAAGGGCAUUAUCAGAAGCUCGCAGUGCUGCACAGGUAGCUCUGUGCAUUCAGCAGUUACAGAAAUCAGUAGCAUGGGAAAAAUCAAUUAUGAAAGUUUACUGCCAGAUCUGUCGAAAGGGAGAUAAUGAAGAACUGCUCCUCCUUUGCGAUGGCUGUGACAAAGGCUGUCAUACAUACUGCCAUAGACCCAAGAUUACAACUAUACCAGAUGGGGACUGGUUUUGUCCAGCUUGCAUUGCUAAGGCAAGUGGUCAAACUCUAAAAAUCAAAAAACUUCAUGUCAAAGGAAAAAAGACUGAGUCAAAAAAAGGCAAGAAAGUAACUUUAACAGGGGAUACUGAAGAUGAAGACUCUGCAUCUACAAGUAGUUCAUUAAAAAGAGGACUCAAAGAACUGAAAAAAAGAAAAAUGGAGGAAAACACUUCUAUUAAUUUGUCAAAACAAGAAAGUUUUACUUCUGUUAAGAAACCUAAAAGAGAUGACUCCAAGGACCUAGCUCUUUGCAGUAUGAUCCUUACUGAAAUGGAAACUCAUGAGGAUGCAUGGCCUUUUCUACUUCCUGUAAACUUGAAACUUGUUCCUGGUUAUAAGAAAGUUAUUAAGAAACCUAUGGAUUUUUCCACAAUUAGAGAGAAAUUAAGUAGUGGACAGUAUCCAAACCUUGAAACUUUUGCUCUAGAUGUCAGGCUUGUUUUUGACAACUGUGAAACAUUUAAUGAAGAUGAUUCUGAUAUAGGCAGAGCUGGCCACAGUAUGAGGAAGUAUUUUGAAAAAAAGUGGACAGAUACUUUCAAAGUGAGCUGAAGUUAUAAUAAUCUCUCUUGUAUUUUUCCUUUUAAACAAGGACAAACGAACCAGCAAUGUGAACUGUAUUUACAUACAUGUGCAAGGCACAUACAUAAUGACUUUUCUUUCCUUAAAAUAAAUAUCACACAAAAAAAAAGUAUCAGAAGAAUGAUACCGUUUUUAAAGGCUUCACUCCUACAACAACCAAGGCCCUUGGUUAUUGGUUUGUGUGAUUUAUCAGCUAAUUUAGGUAGAACAGGGAAGCACACCCAAAGAAUUUUCAAAGGAAAGGGUGUUAUAGUGCAAUAGCAAUUAAAAUAUAUCAAAUCGCACUGAAUAUUCAACACCAGAGCUCUAACGUGGGAAAUGGUUCUCCUUUCCCUCUCAAUAAAUAUCUAUUUUUCAUUUUUUUACUUUGUAGUUUAUUUUUUAGUGAAUGUAUUUAAUUUUAUGAAUUAUUUAUGAUUAAACCACAUCCAGAAUCUUCGUUUUCUGUGAAAAGGAAGAACUAGAAAAAUUGCUUUAAAUCUUGAAAAUACAACAAGGAAUGUUUUAAAAUAUAAAACAAAGCCAAGUUAAACUGUUUACAUUGAUGUGCUAUAAAAGCACCAAAAAUAAACUUUACUGUAGAGUUACAAGUACAUUUAUAUAUAUAUAUGUGUAUAUAUAUAUAUAUAUGUUGCUGCAUCACUUGUGUAGUUAAAUUGUAUUUCAAGACAGUGAAGAAAAAUUGACAUGUAUAUAUGUUCAUUAUUGUUUAUAUUAAGUCUUGUUUUAAAUAUGUAUUAUGUGUAUAUAUUGUUUGCAGACAUUAUUGUUUAUGCCUUAGAAGGAUUGUAGCAUUUUAUUUUAGUCUGAAGGUAAUUAUAGCUAUACAGCUUGUACAGUAAUUAUCCUCUACCAACACUGUGGCGUCUCCUUGAUCUUGGUAGUGCCUGCCUUUGAAACAGGGUGUAGGGGAUAUUAGUUUUCCAUUUUUUCUAUUUUGUUACAUAAUUUUAAGCCACCAGGGCCGAAAUUAAAGUAUAAUCAUUUGUAUCCAUGUGGAAUAAAAUUGUGACAAUUUCCUACACACACACAGUAUUUUUUCAUAGAAACAUUUCCCUCCCAUUUGCCUUGCCUCAGAAAUAAAUUUAAAAGACAUUUGUAACCACUGUGUUUUAUCUACUGUGUGUUGUGGUGGCCUGUUGGAGGCAAGUAGAUCAGAAUUUUUUUUGUACCUAUGUAAGAGUACUUGAAGUUUUAUUUAAAAUAAAAUGUUGUGGAAAAGGUAGCAUUCUUUUUUUUAGGAGUGUUAUUUUUCACUACUAUGUGUGGCACGGAUACAAUAAAAGACUUUUACAAACUAGUUUUUUAGUUUUUCUU